AUGGCCGGUAAAGGAGAAGGUCCAUCUAUCGGAAUCGAUCUCGGAACCACUUAUUAUUGCGUCGAUGUUUGGCAACACGAUCGUGUUGAGAUCAUCGCCAAUGAUCAAGGCGAUGCAGUGAAAAAUCAAGUCGCUAUGAAUCCCAUCAAUACUGUCUUCGAUGCAAAGAGAUUGAUUGGACGUAGAUUCAGUGAUUCCUCUGUUCAGAGUGAUAUGAAACUAUGUCCAUUCAAGGUCAUUGCUAGACCUGGUGACAAACCAAUGAUUGUUAUUACUUACAAGGGUGAAGAGAAACAAUUUGCUGCUGAGGAGAUCUCUUCAAUGCGUCAGGCAACAAAGGAUGUUGGUGUCAUUGCUGGUCUUAAUGUCAUGUGUAUCAUCAAUGAACCCACAGUUACGGCUAUUGCUUAUGGUCUUGACAAGAAGGCUACCAGUGUUGACAAAAAGAAUGUAUUGAUCUUUGAUCUUGGUGGUGGUAUUUUUUAUGUCUCUCUUCUAACCAUUGAAGAGGGUAUCUUUGAAGCGAAAGCCACUGCUGGGGACACUCACCUUGGAGGUGAAAAUUUUGAUAACAGAAUGGUGAACCACUUUGUUCAGGAGUUUAAGAGAAAGAACAAGAAGGACAUCAGACAACAAAGGAUGCUGGUGUCAUUGUUGGUCUUAAUGUCUUGCGUAUCAUCAAUGAACCAACAGCUGCAACUAUUGCUUAUGGUCUUGACAAGAAGGCUACUAGUGUCGGCAGAAAGACUAUAUUGAUCUUUGAUCUUGGUGGUGGUAUUUUUGAUGUCUCUCUUCUAACCAUUAAAGAGGGUAUCUUUGAAGUGAAAGCCACUGCUGGGGACACUCACCUUGAAGGUGAAGAUUUUGAUAACAAAAUGGUGAACCACUUUGUUCAGGAGUUUAAGAGAAA